AUGACAACUUUCACUGGCAAGACCUUUCCCGUUCAGGGAAUCCCAUCAAAUGCCAAGCCGGAGACCAAGAACAUCCCGUAUGUUCCAGGUCUUCCCUGUCGCCAUGACAUAUCGGAGUUCUUCCCCUCAGAUGUCCCCUUGAAGCAAAAGCAGUGGACCUUGAUGGUCCUCGGGAUGAAUCGUUUCAAGGCUCUUGGAGUAGAGAAAAAGCUCUCAUACUUCCAGGUCGCUGGGAUUCAUGCCUAUCCUCUGCAGUCCUGGGACGGUGCCGAGCCUCCCCGUAAAGACCCCGAGUGCCCCAAAGACUUGCCUCCUGGUGCCAACCCCUACGGAGGCUACUGCGAGCACAACACAAUCACGUUCCCCACUUGGCACCGGCCCUAUAUGCUCCUCUUUGAGAAACUCAUCUGGCAGCAUAUGAAGGAGAUCAUCGCCGAAUGGGGCCUUGAUUCCGCUGACGCGGCCGAGUGGCAAGAAGCAGCUGAUGCCUGGAGACUUCCUUACUGGGAUUGGGCCCGAAAGCAAAAGUACAACGACAAGUAUUCCCUCCCUCUUAUUCUUACAUUCAAAGUCGUCACUGUUUAUCCCCCUGAUCACCCCAAGGGAUUAACUGGGGUGACGAACCCGUUUUACGAGUUCAAGAAUCCAGAAACCGAAAAUGGAAAGCCAGACGGUGUACCUAGGGCAUUUGGAAACAUGCCAGAGGAAAAGAAGCAAUGGAACAUCCACGACAACCCCAAGGGGCUUCCUUGGAGCAAGUGUUCUGCCACCAGUCGAUACGGCCUUUUCAGCGAAGAUGGCAUAAACUUCAGGGGCUUGGAAGGUUACAAUAACUUUGAUCAGGCCAAUUACAUCCUUGACAAUUUCGAUAAGAACUGGUACAACCCCUACGACCCGAAGAACGAAGAUAGGAAGAAGCUAUUUAAGCCUCCGGGAACAUUGGCAGAUGCUGUCAAUCGUCUGUUCUCCAAGAAGUAUACCGAUUCUUGGGAAACGUUUGCCAGCACUAAAUAUUGGAAAGAAAGCUGCCAGAAAGUCAGUACUGGUUAUCUGUCGCUGGAGUACAUCCACAACAAUGUCCACAAUCUCACGGGCGGCUCCAACUAUAGCGAGCCGGGAGAAGAGGAUAUCGGAGGCUACGGACUUGGUCACAUGUCAGACGUGCCCGUCUCGGCCUUUGACCCUGUCUUCUGGUUACAUCAUUGUAACAUCGAUCGUCUACUUGCUAUGUGGCAGUCAUUGAACUGGGGAGCCUGGUUUGACGAGCCUGACUUCCUCAAAGGCACCGGGAAAGUUGAGGAUAAGACACAAUAUGACAACCUCCUACCAUUCCACGCGAUUGAGACCGAGGACCCAACAACUGGAUAUUGGACAUCCCGCCUUGUGAAGGACUGGACCAAGCUAGGUUAUCAGUAUGACGACCUUCGCCCUCAGCCGGAUGCGAUCUUACCUGAGGGAGGUUUGAACGAGGAGAAGUUCAAGAGUGACCUCGAAAAACAUAUCCAGGAUAUCUACCCAAGUAUUCAGAUGUACUAUGACGCCCUAUUGAAGGACAAGAAGGUCUCUAACGUCGACUUCUUUGGACCUCACAAUACGGACAACGAGACUUGGAACGACUUUCUUAUCAAUGUCAUCUACGAUCGCUAUGCCCUAGAUGGUAGUUCAUAUACUAUUCAAUUCUGGCUUGGUGGUGACGGAAAGGACCUCGAUACAACAUUCCGAGACAGAGAGAAUCUAAUUGGUUCAGUAUAUUCAUUUGCCGGGCUUGAACCAGUUGUUGAGAGCUGCUCCAACUGUGCCAGCCAGAAAGAGAAGAAGGUCCUCUCUCGCGCUCAAGUUCUUCUGACGAUUCCCAUUAUCCAUCAGGCGCUGGAUAAACGCUUCGAACACAUUCACUCCACCAUGACGGAGCAAGUUGAAGAGUACCUUGAGAAACAUCUUCACUGGAAGUUUGUCGAGAUCGGAGGAAAGGUCAGGCCUGCCAGUGACUUUCCCAACACCACCAUUUCCGUGUUGAAAGGCACUGGUAAGCGCCAGGCUGAGGAUGCAGCGCUUCCACCAGUGUACGCUGACUACAGACCUCUGUAUAAGCCUACUGAACUGAAGGCCUGUGGCGUCAAAGAAGGAGAAGGUCUUUUGGGAGUUGCUGCAAACUUGAACUUUAGAACUUUCUAG